AAGUCCACGCCUAUAAGUUUGUCCCCAGUGCACUUAUAAAUGCGCCAGUGUCCUUCCGUCUCCAUACUAAUCCUAGAAACGUGACGAUGGCCAUCCCAACCACUACCCGCGAGUACCGUCUCCCCAAGUACGAUGGCUAUCACAACCUGACCAUCAAAGAGGCCACGCUGCCCCCGCCCAAGGCGAACGAAGUCCUCGUCAAGAUCAUCGCCGUCUCGCUGCAAUACCGCGACCUCAUGGUCUCGAAGGGACAGUACCCGCUCGGGCACAAGGACAACGUCGUCCCGGGCUCCGACAUGGCCGGCGAGAUCAUCGCGGUCGGCGCGGACGUCGCCGGGUUCAAGAAGGGCGACCGCGUCUGCGCGAACUUCGCGCUCGACCACGUCUACGGGGACGUGAACGAGCAGAUCAAGAACACGGGCCUCGGCGCGCCCAUCGACGGCGUGCUGACCGAGUACAGGAACUUCCCCGCGCAUUCCUUGGUGCACAUCCCCGCGCAUCUCUCAUACGUCGAGGCCUCGACCCUCCCGUGCGCCGCGCUGACCGCGUACAACGCCCUGAACGGGCCCACGCCCCUCAAGGCCGGCGACACCGUGCUCGUGCAGGGCACCGGCGGCGUGAGCAUCUUCGCGCUGCAGCUCGCCAAGGCGUCCGGCGCGACGGUCAUCGCGACGUCGUCCUCGGACGCGAAGCUCAAGGUCGCAAAGGAGCUCGGCGCGGACCACCUCAUCAACUACAAGCAGACGCCGGACUGGGAGAAGGAGGUGCUGAGGAUCACGGAGGGGCGGGGCGUGGACCAUGUUGUUGAGGUGGGCGGGCCGGGGACGCUGAUGAAGAGCCUGGCGAGUGUAAGGUAUGCGGGGUGGGUGCACGUCAUCGGCUUCGUCGCUGGGGCCGGCGACACAUCCAACGCGCCCGUCGUCGCGCUCAGCAAGGCUGCGAUGAUCCGCGGGAUCCUCAUCGGCUCGCGCGACCAGUUCGAGGCGAUGAACCGCCUGAUCGUCGCGAACAAGCUCAAGCCGAUUGUGGACAAGGUGUUCAGCUUCGAGGAGGCGCAGGAGGCGUAUGCGUACCUCGAGAGCCAGAAGCACGUCGGGAAGGUCGUGAUCAAGGUGGCAAAGGAUUAGUGCCCCGGUGUAGUAGAGUGUAGGCCAGAAGAAGACAAAAUAUUGUACCAGUACCAGUAUCCCAAUUCGACUUUACGUGCUCCGAGG